CAAAUUUUACAAUUAAUAUCUUCAAAUAUAUAUUUUUUAAAACCUUGGAUUAAUGAUGCUCGAUGUGUCAGGAUCCUUCUAAACUCCAUGCGGUUCGUCCGUUUAAGCUAAAAUCGCACCUACCCUUUCAACCAUGAAAAAGGAAAGCCAUCCCAAAUGCCAACGGUCAAAAGCGCAGCCAAUAGAAAGCAGCAUGCCGUGGCGAUGACAGCGGAGCCGUUUGUUCCUUCCUCCUUUAUUCCUCUAAGAAAAAGACGGCAUAGCCGUUUGACAUAAAGGAAGAACGAACCCAAAACGCUCCUCUGCUGCUGUCCCUUUCCCCAAUCCUUCUCCCACCCCAAACCCUACUCCCCUUCCCCACUCUCCCCCAUGGCCUCAUACCUCUCCCACCUCGCCUCCCCAGAGCGCGACGCCGUCGAUGCCAUCGUCUCCCAGGCCAUCGAUCUCUGCACUCUCGAGCAGGUCGCAGCCCUCAACACCUCCCACCUCUCCGACUCCUCUCUCCUCCCCGGCGACCUCGAAUCCCGCUUCCGAAAGCUCAAAUCUUUCCCCGGAGCCAAUCCCCAGCAUCCGCAGCAGCAGUCGAGAAUCCCUCCUCGACACCUCGAUCAAGGGAAGGAGAACAUACCCCGAAGCUUGAACCGUUGCGAGAGCGUCCCCAACCCAUCAAUCGAUUCCGGCGAGCCAGAGGAGAAGAAGCCGCCCGAAGAAGCCGAGACCUCUUCUUCUCCUCCCCCGAAACCAGAGGCCGAGAAGGAUUCAAAAAAGCCGGAGCCAGCAACUGGGUUUGCCUCGUCGCCUUCGAUAUCACUCGCUUCUCCGAGAGACUCUCCGUCGCCGCCGCGGGGAAGGUGCUGCUUCGUGUUGUCGCCGAAGAGGGUGCAGCGGAGAAAGGGGAAGAGUGGGGAUUGGGGCAGGAGCGACGACCUUCUCUCGGACAUGGGCACGUUCUCGAUGAAGGAGCAGCGGCGGAAGCUGAAGAAGGCGCUCAAGGAGCAGGAGAAGGCGAGCCGGGAGGCGGAGAAGAUGGUGGAGUUGGUCAAGCACGCGUCGGCGAGGAUGAAUGUGGCCGCCAUCGAUGAGUUGCUGAGCGACGACGAAGAAGAGCUCAAGUGAAUGGGUCCGGCGUCUCAUGAGAUACCAGCUAGUUUUCCUUCUUUUGGCAGUAGAGAACCUGGGAAAAAUGUUCAGUUUCCUUCUAUAUAUAGCAUGCGUCCCCUUCUAUGUUAGCUUUGUAAUACCAUAAAUACACAUAUAUACUGCAAAUUUUUGUUUUCUUAGAGCGAGCAAGGAUAUGAUGAAACAUAAAUCAUCAUAUUGAUGUUCCUGCUAUGAGAGUUUUGAUAGCAUCGAGAGCUUAAUUGUAUUAAAUCUUGGUAUUGCUCAAAAGAAGAAGAAGAAAAGAUUAUCAGAUUUUGGUAUUGAAUAUCACCAUAGUGAUUUUGUUU